AUGCUCAUUAUCCGCCGUCUCCCACUCCCCAUACAGAUCCUCACCAUGUCUCUUUCUGUCGAUAUGCCAUGGCGGCCCGUGUGCAUCGCCACCGGCCUGUUCUACUCGCUUGGCGUGCUCGGCAUCAUGGAUCCACUCCGAGCUACCCACCUAUUCGGCGACACCAGGGCGACUGAGAAGGAGGCGACGUUCUACCCCGUCGUCGCGUCGCGUAACCUCACCCUGGCCGCGACCAUUCUCUCCUUCGUGUACACCGGCCAACAGCGCGCACUCGGUACAAUGAUGAUGUGCUGCUCUAUCAUGGGCGUGGCGGAUAUCGCGUUUCUCCUGAGCCGGCCUGGCUACUCGGGGCUCCAUAUGGCGGUCCACCUCGUCAAGGGCGUCUUGUUCCCCACGCUCGGGGCCAAGCUACUUGGCUGGUUCUAG